AUGAAUAUAAUUCUUGGAACUGCAAAGGGCCUAGCGUAUCUACAUGAAGGUCUCGAACCAAAGGUUGUUCAUCGAGACAUCAAGUCCAGCAACAUACUCCUUGACCGUCAAUGGCAUCCUAAGUUGUCUGAUUUUGGGCUUGUUAAACUUUUGAAUUCGGAGAACUCAUACGUGACUACUCGAGUGAUGGGUACUUUUGGAUAUGUUGCUCCUGAAUAUGCUUCCACGGGUAUGCUGAAUGAGAAGAGCGACAUAUAUAGCUUCGGAAUAUUGAUUAUGAAGAUAAUUACUGGAAGAUGUCCUGUUGAUUAUAGCCGGCCACAACCAGAGGUUAAUCUAGUUGAUUGGCUGAAGAUGAUGGUUGGGAACCGGAAAACAGAGGAGGUGAUAGAUCCUAAGUUACCUAAAAGGCUUUCUUCGAAAGCACUGAAACGUCUUAUUCUGGUAGCCCGUAGCCCUACGAUGUGUUGA